AGACGUGGAUGGAGGGUCCGUUGGUGAAAUUUUAAUAUUGCGAUCUGGCUUGAAACGCGCCGUGCCCAACCUACCACCACCUCGCAAAGUCGACAUGGAAGAAAAAGCCUCUAAACGGAAGCAAGAAGAAGAAGAAGAAGAGGAAGAAGAAGAAGAAGAGGAGGAGCAAGUUGGCUUGGAGGAUGAUGAUCACCAUGUGUACUCUUGGCAUCUUGACAUGGGAGACCACAUGGUAGUGUGGCCAGAGCUCAGUGCAGAACCAUACUCUGAUACAUACUUCACAGCAAAGGAUCUUACAAGCGAAGGGGAGUGUUCCGUGCCCAAUGAAACCCCCCCUCACAAUCUUGAGAAGGGGGACAAGAAGAAACAGGUGGACGGAAGGAAUGAAAAUGCGAACGGCGACCCUCCAACGUUACCACCAAGACCACGUAAGUUACCGCCAGAUACGUACAUGUACGAAGACAUGGACCCACACGGUGAGAGUGUCUUUGCAUUGGGUCCGGGGCAAGAAAAACAGUACGGCAAAAAUGAUACAAAUGUUCCACCUCCCUUGCCUCCAAGAGAUGACGUUGAUUCGCAUGGAGACAGAGUCUUUGUACCAGGUUCUGCGCCCAGUGGUCCCCAACCUAACCAUCGUGACAUGGAGAGCAAAGAGAAUGUCAGGCCACCGUUGCCUCAACGCCCUGCGCCCAACGAACCAUUGCCUCUUCACCAUGACAUGGAAGACAAGGGGAAUGAACGUGCGGACGGAAGAAAUGAAGAAUCGGACAGAAAGGCCGGUAACAGUGUCUUCGCACUGGGUCUGGGCCAGUGGUUGUGGCCUACUGCACCCGAUGGACCCCCGGCGGGGCGUCCAGGGCAAAAGCAAGAGCGAAGCUCCUACCAUACAUCUGAUUCUGACACACCAGGGGGUACUAACAACGGAGAUGAUGAUGAGCGAGCUGAACCUGGUUUUUGUCACAAAGUCAGAGACAUCAAUGAUUGCACCAGAAACCCUUGCCAAAAUGGACGCUGUGUGACCAAAGAUGGUAGACACAAAUGUACCUGCUCAUUUGGAUGGACUGGACAGAACUGUCAGCAAGACAUCAAUGAGUGCACCAGAAACCCUUGCCAGAAUGGACGCUGUGUGAACCAAGAUGGCGGGUACAACUGUACCUGCUCACCUGGAUGGACUGGACAGAACUGUCAGCAGGACAUCAAUGAGUGCAAUGUUACCAACAUACCCUGUCAGCAUGGAACCUGUGUGAACAAAGAAGGGGGAUACAACUGUACCUGCUCACCUGGAUGGACUGGGCACAACUGUCAGCAAGAUAUCAAUGAAUGCAUGGGAAACCCAUGCCAACAGGGAAUCUGUUAUAACAAAGAUGGUGGAUACAGUUGUGCCUGCAACCUCGGAUGGACUGGACAGAAUUGUCAGCAAGACGUCAAUGAGUGCGCGGGAAACCCUUGUCAGCAUGGAACCUGUGACAACAAUCGAGGUGGAUACAACUGUAGGUGCUCACGAGGAUGGACUGGAAAGAACUGUCAGAAAUGGCAUUCCUGA